AUGAACCACAGUUGUUUUCUAUCCAACAUUCAAACCGUGGAAGAAAAUGUGGGCGCAGACGUUUGGUCUGAGUUGAGAGAAUCAGCUGUUGGUGUGAUUAUCAAGCUAAAGGAGUUGGAUUACACUUGGUCUGCGAAAUGUGUUCAUUAUUUUCUUGUCAAUCAAUUGGCGGUCGCCAGCAGUUAUGAAAUUUGGUCUUUGCUAUGGGAUGUGGGUCAUGAAGACUUUUGGGUGGAGAUGAAAGUUCCAAUUUCUAAAGGACCCAAGCUUAAUGAACUUCAAGCCCUUUUUCCGAUCAUCAGAAACUGGCCUAGAGAGAAGCGGUUAAUGGUUGGCUUGUUGUGUCUUCUAUCCAUUGGGAUAUUUGGCAUUUCGAGCAAUAGUAGAAUACCACUGCAUUGUGCGAAAAGGGUGAUGGAUGCAACAGCUUUCCAGCGUUAUCCAUGGGGCCGUGUAGGAUUUACCAGCCUUGUGGAUUCCAUUAAAGUUCUAACAUACGUAGGAAAGAAGAGUUACACACUUCGUGGUUGUGUUCAUGCACUGGCAAUUUGGAUAUACGAGUCUGUGCCAGGUUUAGGAGAGAUAUAUGGGCAGCAGAUAGAUGGAGCUGAGGUUCCCCUUCUGUCAUGGCAUGGUUCUCGUCAGCGUAUCAACUUCUUAAACUUCUGUGCACAAGAAAAGCAACAACAUCAGAAAGUUCGUGUAAGGCAUAUGAUUUUAAAACCAAUGGAGGAUAGAUAUCCGAAAUGGGACGAAUAUGAACCGCCUGCUAAUUUGGAUAACAUGAUAGUUGAUAUCCUCAAUGAUCAGCUUAACGUAAAGUUUUGGGAAGUAGUGCCACCUUCCAAGUACCAGAAGGGAAAAACUCAUGUCAGUGCACCUAGUGUUCCUGAUACAGUGGAUGAGAGCCCCUCAGCAAAACGAAAGGAGAAACAAACUGCUCCAGAAAUGGCAGAAUCUCAUAGUGAUAUGCCCAUCAACAACACCACCAUAAAAAAGUUUCUUGAAUGUGUUAACAACCUGAAUGCAAAAGUAGAAACCAUGGAUGUUAGUGUAGCUGAAAAGGUUAGUAAGAUAUUGAAUGCAAAAGUAGAAACCAUGGAUGUUAGUGUAGCUGAAAAGUUAAAGAACGAGAUGUCCAUAUUAAGGGAAGAAAUAAAUGUUCUUAAAGGGAAAGAUGAUGAAAAAAUUCCUUCAAAUGCUGACAACUCCAAAGUACAAGACGAUGAUGACGCUUGUAGCAACACGAUGGAGAAGAAGAAUAAGAAGACGAUGCCGGUGAAGGAAGAUGUAAAGCCAUUGAAAAAAGUCAAGACAGAGAAAGCAUUUAGUAUCCCAGAGCUGAAUGACCAAUCCGUUUCCACAGAUGACUGGGAGAAUAAUCUAAAAUGGGAGAAGAGUGUAAAGUGUAGACAGGUGUUGGAAGCACUUGCUUCAGGGAAUUCAACAGUGAAGCGUAUCAUAACUGGUGUCUCCAAGGAAUCUUAUGACCCAUUAUCUAAGGUGGAUCCAGAGAAAUUGGAAAAGGACGAGUCUGGUUUUGCAGACAGAAGUGCAGAAUUUUAUGUGAAGUUGAUUAUACCGAGAGAAGCUUGGCCAACAAAGCGAUACGGCUGGUUGCAUGACUCCCACAUGGCCGCAGAAAUGCUUAUGUUUCACAGACGCUCCAUGCAAUCCAAAUCUCCAUAUUCCUCUCCUCGAAUUGCAUUUCUGGAUCGCUGGUUUGUGCAGUCAUGGGUGAAUGACUACAAGAAGUCUGAUCAGACGACAUAUGAGUUGGCAGACCGUUAUAGCAUGGCCUUCAAUGGAGAAUACCCAGAACAAUUUGUUACGGGUAAGAAAUGGCUUGCAGAUGUUGACACUCUCUUCCUCUGUCACCAUGUCAACGGUGACCACUGGGUUGCUUUACGCAUUGAUCUUGUUAAGGAGGUAAUACAUGUGUAUGAUAGCAUUCCAUCUAUGGUGACUGAUAAGAAGAUGCACGAGGAGUGCAGGCCUUUCACGAAAAUGCUUCCGGCUCUGCUCAACAAGAUGGUGGAUGGGAGAACUAAGCGUGACAAGCAGUUCACCAACCGUAGGCACAAGAAGAUCCCCAAAAAUGAGGACCCAGGAGAUUGCGGUGUGUACACUCUGAAAUACAUUGAAUGUCUAGCUCUUGGGUAUAAUUUUGAAGGCUUAAGUAAUCAGAUUAUGCCAGCACUGCGACUGAAGAUGGGUGUAGAGAUUUAUGAGGAGGUGGCUAUGGAGGAUAAGGAAGUAUAA